CUGUAUCUGUGGACUAAAAUCUCUCUCUGUUUCAAACGCAUGAAACUCGAUCGGUUAAUUUAAAAGCAAAAGCAAGAAAUUCCCUUUCCUCUUCCUGCACCACAACACAUCCAUUAUUACGGCCUCAACCACUACUCCUCCUCUCAUUCUCUCCCCUGAAAAUGAGCCGGUGUGUUCCUAGCUGGGAUUUCGAUGAUAAUCCUAACCCUACAAGCCUCUCACUUCGCUAUCACUCCAAUUCUAGUACUCCUGAUGGCCCCAUGUUUGAAGUAGCAGAGCUGACAUGGGAGAAUGGCCAGAUAGCCAUGCACGGCUUAGGUCAGGCACGCGUGCCUGUCAAACGCAUAACCCCUACCAUCGCCAACACUACCGCAAACCCCACUUCCAAUUCCAAGUACCCCACCUGGGAAAAGCCAUGCGCUAGUGGUACCUUGGAGUCCAUUGUCAACCAAGCCACCGGCUCGCCACCCGAGCCCAAAGAAUCCUCCCCUUUACAUGGCUGCAGCGAACACUCGGUCCACCGCGAAGCUAUUGCUGCCACCCCCUCGGCCACCAUGACCAUGGACGCUUUGGUGCCAUGCUCCAAUCUGACCUCCGAGGUCGACCAGGCCACGCAGACACAGGGCGGCCAGGUGGUGGACGGACUCGGCACUUGCGUCGGGUCCUGCAGCGGUACUGCAGCCACCACAGUACAGGACAAGGACAAGGACAAGGACAAGGACAAGGACGUCUUCCUCGGGGGAAAAGGGGCCGGGGAGGAGCGUGUCACCGCCGAGUGGAGCAGCAGAGACGAAAGCUUCACUGGCAGCGCCACCUGUGGGAUGAACAGUCAUCACCCAACUGAUCUCGACACGUGUGAGAGGGACCUGCGAGUUGGGUCGCCGGAACAAGCCUGCUCUCCCAGCAAAACUUCCACAAAGACCACCAACACCGCCGCCGCCGAUGACCAUGAUUCCGUUUGCCACAGUUCACCGCCGUACAAAUUUGUGAAGAGGGAGGCAGGCGAUCAUACCAAAAAGAAGGGAACCGGGAAAUUCAAUACUGUUUCAACUAAAAGAAGUAGAGCUGCUGCAAUUCAUAACCAAUCUGAACGUAAAAGGAGAGAUAAAAUAAACCAAAGGAUUAGCACACUCCAGAAGCUGGUCCCCAAUUCAAGUAAGACUGACAAGGCUUCGAUGCUUGACGAAGUGAUUGAAUAUCUGAAGCAAUUGCAAGCUCAAGUCCAAAUGAUGAGCAGAAUGAAUAUGCAACCUGCAGCAAUGAUGUUGCCAAUGACCAUGCAACAGCUUCCGAUGCCCAUGAUGGCUCAAAUGGGGAUGGGAAUGGGCAUGGCCGGAUUCGGAAUGGGAACCAUGCAUGGCAUGGACAUGAACAUGAACAACACCGCCAUCAACCAUCGUUCCAAUAUCAGUACAGGAGGCAUUUCUCCUAGUCAUGUUCUUCACCCUGCAGCUACUCAUGCUGCUUUCAUGCCUAUUGCUUCCUGGCGGCCAGAUGCCUCCAGCGACCGGUUUCAAGCCACUUCUCAUGCGGCUGUAAUUCCAGACCCCUUAUCCACAUUCCUUUCAUGCCAAUCACAGGGAAUUACGAUGGAGGCUUACAGCAAGCUGCAGGCUGCCAUGUAUCAGCAGCAGCAACCUCCACCUUCUAGUUCUAAGAGCUAAUUAAGCUUAAUUUCUAGUAAGCAAAACCCGAAAUGUGUGGUUCAUCCGGUUUUGGGUCUGCUGCAAGAGCAUUAAUAUUCAUGCGAGGUGGUCAUGUGUUUAGAUGAUCGAUGCGAUCGAGAAUUAAUUAGUAUGUCAUAUGUUUUUUAGCUCAAAUUGGUGGCUUUUGUUUUUGGUAAUUUGUGAAUAUUUGGCGCAUUAGCUGUA